AUGCAUCGAGAAGAAGAACGAUUGCGGCACCAUGAAGAUGCCAUGCGCCAGCAUCUCGCCCAGUCCCAGCAGGGCCAGCAUCACAUCGAUCCUACUUAUGGACAACGCUCUCAUUCAGCCUCCUCUCACGGCUCUGCUGGAUCAGCCCGAGCUUACGCGCAAUACAUGGCCAUGCAACAAUACCAGUGCCCUUCUCCACCACCUCCUGCAGCCUACCCUGUCCCGCCACAAGCAAUGAACGGUCAUGCAACAGGUCAUAAUCCCGACCGACCACCCGUUCCAGACCCACCAGAUUUUAGCCAAACCACCAUCGCAGGCUACGAGCAACUCGCGCUCGAACUUUCCAGCACUGACUCGGCCGUCAAACCCAUCUAUCGGAAAUUCGAAUACCUCAACCAUCGCAUUCUCCUGCAUUUGCAAGAUGAACUCAGCGAGAUGGAAGAGCAACUACGCACUCUUGAUGAGAUUGUUGCUCAAAUGGAACCUUGUCCUCCGGAGGGACAGCCGCGACCUCCGGCUUCCAGGCGUGGAGACGCUUUCCAGGGAUCGGAAAUGCAUCAUCGACGGACUGCUCUGUUGGGGAGGAUCUUCUUGAAGACGGAACAGUAUAAUCGCGCCAUGGCUUCUUACAAUUCCAUGGGUAAGGACGCGAGGGCCGCCGAGAAGGAGGAAAUCGGUGUGUAUCGGGAGUGGUUGCAGCGGACGGGGCCCGUUCAUGAGGUUGAAACGAGGUUCUUGAUGAAGGAAGGGGAUCUUGUUGUUCCCGGCAGCAGCACCCGCGACGAAGAGAAGACGGAUGGCGUUGCUGCAUCGCCUCCUCAGCCUGUCUUAUCGACUUGCCUGCCGGUUGGGUUGAUGCUUCCGCUUGUGCUGUUUGCUUUCAUCCCGACGCUUGUGGGGAGGUUGUUCGUAACGAGUCUGAUUGCUGUUGGGGCGUUUCUGGUUGCUUCUACGACGGAGAUUCGAGACGUGAUGCCGUCGAGGGAGUGGGCUGUGUGUGCAGGGGUGUAUGUCUUGGUCAUGGCUUUCAUUGCGGGUGUCAUGCCGCAGUAUGGUGGUUCUUGA